GUUCAGGAAAGUAGUCCGGUUGGACUUGUCAUUAUUAUAUUUAACCGAGUUUCCGAUAACCUGUUGUUUAAACUCACACGAAGACGCACUUUUUCAACAAUAAAUGGGCCUUUAAUGUGAGGAAAUUACCAAUAAUGGCGUAAAAGAAACAGCGACCUGGUGGGCGCAGAAAGAGCGCCACGUCACUGAAAAACACACCCGGAAUUGAGUUCGAGUCCCGGCUGUGGAGCAGAUCGUACAUCCGUCAACGUUUGCCUUCACGGAGCUACUGUCUCCGUGGCGUUUGACAUUUAAUUACCAAAGCAGGACAAAGUCAGUAAGCGGUUCAAGAUGACGGCGUCUAACUGGGGUCUCAUCAUGAACGUGGUGAACAGCAUCGUCGGAGUUAGUGUACUCACCAUGCCCUUCUGCUUCAAACAGUGUGGGAUUGUGCUGGGAACUAUCCUGUUGUUCUUCUGUUCGUGGAUGACCCACAAGUCCUGCAUGUUCCUGGUCAACACAGCGAGCAGCACCAAAAGAAGGACCUAUGCAGGGUUGGCCUACCAUGCUUACGGGAAACCAGGAAAAACAGUGGUGGAGUUGAGUAUGAUCGGUUUGAUGUUGGGGACCUGUAUUGCCUUCUACGUUGUGAUCGCUGAUCUGGGCUCGAAUUUCUUCGCUCAGCUGUUGGGUUUACAGGUUACUGGCAGUUUCCGUGUGCUGCUGCUGUUCGCCGUGUCUCUGUUCAUCGUCCUCCCACUGAGUCUGCAGAGGAACAUGAUGUCUUCCAUCCAGUCCUUCUCCGCUAUGGCUCUCAUGUUCUACACCUUCUUCAUGUUCACGAUAGUGUUGUCGUCUCUUCGCUACGGCUUAAUCUCAGGCUCCUGGGUGGAGCGGGUUCACCUGUGGCGCUUCAAGGGCGUCAUUCAGUGCCUGCCCAUUAUCGCCACAACCUUCUGCUGUCACCCGCAGGUGCUGCCGACCUACGACAGCCUGGACGAGCCGUCUGUCAAACGCAUGAGCACCAUCUUCACCUCGUCCCUCAACGUGGUCACCAUCUUCUACAUCACCGUGGGUUUCUUUGGCUACGUCAGUUUCACAGAGAACAUCGCAGGCAAUGUGCUGAUGAACUUCCCGUCCAACCUGGUGACGGAGAUGAUUCGCGUGGGCUUUAUGAUGUCUGUGGCCGUCGGAUUCCCCAUGAUGAUCCUGCCCUGCCGCCAGGCCAUCAACACCAUGCUUUUUGAGCAGCAGCAGAAGGAUGGGACGUUUGCUGCCGGAGGAUACAUGCCUCCUCUGCGCUUCAAGAUGAUCACCCUCUGCAUUGUGUUUGGCACCAUGCUGGGAGGCAUUCUCAUCCCCAACGUGGAAACCAUUCUGGGUCUGACUGGAGCCACUAUGGGCAGCCUGAUCUGCUUCAUAUGUCCUGCUCUCAUCUAUAGAAAGAUCCAGAAGAACGGCAUCAUCUCUCAGCUGGUGCUUUGCGUCGGUCUGGGCAUCCUGCUGGUCAGCACCUUUACCACCCUCUCUAUUUCGGCCAGAAGCCCCGGCAUCAAGAUCCAUCCUCCUCCUCCAGCACCUGUGAAGAACAACCUGCCACUACCGGACCUCCCUGAACCGCACGACAAUACUCCCAUCAAGAAGCCAGGGGAGAUAGAAAAACCUGACCUUCCAGCUGUGCCGGGGGCACAACCAGUAGAGGGGGACCCGCCUGAGCCCCCGCAGAUUAAAGGACCAGUGGAACUACCUGAGAGGAAGAAGGAGGAAGAGGUGCAGUUGGACCGCCCUGACGCUGGUGUCGCGGUGCCACAGGGCGAGGCCCAUCGCCACGAGCCACCCAUCCCUCAUGACGAGGUCCAGGUGGACACAAGAAGGAACAACGCAGAACUGGAGGACGACAAGAAACAAGCCGAAAGACCCAAAUCGGAUGAAAAGCAAGGUUUAGUGCACGCUGUGGAGGUAGAGGGCAAAAAAGAGGACACAGUUGAAGAGGAACCGAAGCCUGCAGUGGCUGUUGUGGGGAAAGAGGAAGUGGAUUUGGGCGGAGGUGAAGUCCGGUCCAAUGAGGUGUAUGAGAAGCCGGGUGCAGGGGAAGACAAAAAGCAGGACGUUCCCCCGCUAAAGGAAGUGGAUAAGCUCAAUCCGGUGAAAGAUCCUCUCGCAGGGAACGCAGCCGAGGCGGUCGAUAAAGUGGGCAAAGCUCCAGACGCUGCAGGGAAACCUUCACUUCCUGAAGGAGAGCAUCAUCCCGCUGCAGACCAGGCCCCCGGAGCAGACGGCAAAGCUACAGCGGACGAGAAGAUGGAUGUGAUAAAAAAGCUGGUUGCAGAGGGCCAGCUCGACCACGCCGUGCUGCUGCAGGUGAUCAAGGAGCAGCAGGAGCAACAGAAGAGGCUUCUCGACCAGCAGGAGAAACUGCUGGCUGUCAUAGAAGAGCAGCACAAGGAAAUCCACCAGAAACUACCUGCUGGGGCUGAAGGUGAAGCAGAGAAAAUCAUCCAGGAGGGGGUGGAAGGUGGAGCAGCAAAGCCCAAAGAGUCUGGCCUGGACUCAGACCUGAAGCAGCCCAAGGAGGCAGCUGGAGCUGCCGUGGCCCAGAAACAGGUGCCGGGUGAUGAGGUGGGAUUACCUGAAGUAGCUGGUCAGGCUCAUUACAAGGAGGACGUCCAUGUUGCACCUGGAGGAGAAUCCCAUAAGCAGAGUGAGCUGGGGGCCCGCGGAGUGCCACUGGGAAAGAAAAUACCCGAUGACAUUCAGCCUGUACCUCAAAAUGAUCAGGUAGCUCAACUUAAAGAUGAAGAAAGAAGCCUAGAUAAGGAAAAGGAAAAAAUAGAAAUUCUUAAAGAACAGAUAGAGAAAGAAGUGCAGGCGAGAUUGGAAAAAGAACGGCUGGAAAGAGAGAAAAAAGAAAAGCUGGCCAAAGAGCAGGAGUUGGAGAAGGAGAGGAUACAGAGAGAAGUGCAGGCGAGAUUGGAAAAAGAACGGCUGGAAAGGGAGAGAAGAGAGAAGCUGGCCAGAGAACAGGAGCUGGAGAAGGAGAGGAUACAGAGAGAAGUGCAGGCGAGGGUGGAAAAAGAACGGCUGGAAAGGGAGAGAAGAGAGAAGCUGGCCAGAGAACAGGAGCUGCAGAAAGAGAGAGCGCUGAAGGAGAAACUCUUACAGGAGAGGGCUGCAGCUGAGAGACUUCAGCAGGAGAGGCAGAAAGCAGACAAUGAAAUACUUGAGAGAGUGAAGAAAGAGAAAAAGGCGGAGGAGGCCCGGGAGAGGCUGGCCCAGAUGGAGCGAGCCGUAGAAGACAGAAAGGCUGCGCAGGGGGCUGAGAGAGAAGACGGCGAAGCUUUGAAGAAAGGAGGACGAGACCUCAAAGAGAAAGUUGCUGCUGAGGUGGACCCCAGAGAAGGUGUGGAAGACGGGGCCGUCAAAGCCGCGGCUCACCCCCAGGGCUCCCACGAGAAGGUCAGGAACCAGGGAGCGUUGGAUCUAAGGCGGAGGCGCAGGGCACUGGGACCAGAAGAAGCUGUAGUGCCCCCAAAGGAGAUCAGGGUGCCCGGGGGGGUGCCGGGCCUGGAGCCCCUGCUGGAGCUGGGGGGCUCCAACCUGCACGCGGCCCUGGAGCAGCAGCUACUGGCCGGGGCAAUGGUGCACUCGCGGCAGAUUAAACAGGUCUCAGAGGAUGAGAGAGCGAAAUAACACACACAGAUUCUCACUCCACGAUUGGCCAUCAAGUUCAACACAAACUAUUAAUACUUGAUAUCGUUGCCUUUAAAUUCUUUCUUGCCUUCAGAAAUGUUCACGGACAAAAGAGGAGCAGUUCUCUUUAUUGAUGCUGUGUACUUUGAAAAUACCCCAAAGUCUUUAUCAAAGAGCAAAGUGCAUGUAAAUAUUAACUUAUUUUUGUCUUUAGGGAGAAUUUUGAAGAGGUUACUGUUGGAAUGUGUACAAAUCUAUGCAAAUACCCGGACGGAUGUGUUAAUGUUUGUAUUUGAGUCACCUUAUGUUUCAUUCACCAGCUCUGUGCAGUCUGUGCAUCGUCUCCCGUGCUGGUUUUCUGUUGCGUUAGUUUGUGUUCAUGUUUCUUUGAGAUGUAAAUAUUGUAAUAUUUGUUGUUCCUACAUGUACCACAGGUUAGAUGUAAUGUGGGUUCAGGUAAGAACUGUUUCACUAUACUUUGAAAUGAAAGUAAGUGAGCGACGUACUGGAGCUACAAUGUGUGGCCUUACUGUGCGAUAGACAAUGAAGCAGCUGAAUCACGUUCCCAAUCAUUCCAUCUUCAAUAGCUGUUCCUUGAUUUCUCAGUGCCUUCCAAUCCAUAUGCUGCUGUUUUAUCCAAACUAAAUGUUUGCUUCCACUCCUACUGUAAACCGUACAGUAAUCAUGAGAGAAUAACGUUGGGUUUAAGAGCGCGGAAGGAAAUCUGGAUCGUGUUUCUAUGUAAUCCAGCUUCUCUGAAGAUUCCUCCAUCAGUUGGCACUUGUACACAUGUCGGACCUUUGCUUUGUACAACAGGCUAUUUUUCUAUGUGCAUUGUAUUUCUGUACAUUUUGCUGGAUAAGAAUAAAUAAAAACAUUCUAUUACA